AUGAUUAUCUUCCGGGUGACGACCGGUCGAUCGUGGACGAACGAUACCGACGAAUCUUCCUUUUCUCAUUCGUCGGAUGGGGAAGUGUACGGGACGUCGUCGGGUUUUGUGUUUACUACGCCUCGGGAUGAGCGCGAGCCUGGGGGGUACAAUGAUGAUGAUGAUGAUGAUGAUGAUGAUGAUGAUGAUGAUGAUGAUGAUGGAGAUGGAGAUUGUGGAGCGGGAGGGAGAAUGAGGUAUCGAGAGCCGCUUGAACUUGAUCAUAGUUCUGGUGAGGGUGAUCAUGAGGAUAGAAGACACUCACAUUCGCCACACGAUACGGAUUUGGAGCCUAUGCGGUUUGCUAUUCCGUCCCUACCUGGAGUGGGAAGGGGUGGGUUGGCGGUCGCGGUCGGUGAUGCCAGUGCGAAGGGACACGAAUUGGGAAGGGGGAGCCUCAGCCUCAGUGUGUCGACGAAGCAUGAGAGUUGGGAGAUGAAGCCUGUCCCAACUUGA